AUGCGGAGCUCAAUACUUUAUCCCUUCCUCCUCUCUCUCAUUGAUUUCUCUCUCGCCUCACCAACCGUGGAGCGAGUAGGCUCCAAUCGAGACGAACGUCAUGAAAUUUUUAACAUCGAUUGGGAAAAGGAGCUUCUUGGGCGAAGCUCACCAGUCCCGCUCGCGGAACGCGCAGAUGCAAGCAUAGAUGCCAUCUUCAAGAAGCUCGGCAAGCUAUACUUUGGCACUUGCGCAGAUUCCGGUUCGCUUAGCCAGACCUCAAAUGCUGCUGUCAUUAUGGCCGACUUUGGACAGGUGACCCCUGAGAACAGUGGAAAAUGGGACACUACCGAACCUUCGCAGGGAAAGUUCAACUUUGGGGGUCUGGAUACCCUUGUGAACUGGGCUGUAAAGAAUAACAAGCUCGUCCGUGGGCAUACGACAGUCUGGCACUCGCAAUUGCCAGGUUGGGUGUCAGCUAUCACAUCUAAAGGUACUCUCACAACAGUUAUCCAAACCCACGUCUCGACGGAGAUUGGAAGAUAUGCUGGGAAGAUCUUGCAAUGGGAUGUCGUCAACGAGGUGUUCAACGAGCAAGGAGGACUUCGAACCUCGGUUUUUUCUACCGUCUUGGGUGAAGACUUUGUCCGAAUUGCCUUCGAAGCAGCCAAGAAGACUGAUCCAGCCGCAAAGCUCUACAUCAAUGACUACAACACAGUUGAGCUAGGCUCCACCUACGCCAAAACUACCGGUAUGGCCUCCUACGUCAAGAAAUGGAUUGCAGCCGGAAUUCCCAUCGACGGCAUCGGCGCACAAGCCCACCUCAUGGCUGGCCAAGCUAAGAAUGUGCCCGCCGCCCUCGCCGUCCUCUGUGCCGUUGCCUCCCAAUGCGCCAUCACGGAGAUGGACAUCGUGAACGCGGCCCCCGCGGACUACGUCACUGCCGUCAAGGCCUGCAUCGAUAUCCCGAACUGCGUCGGUGUCACGGUCUGGGGGGUCAGAGACCCGGAUUCGUGGCGCGCGUCGAACAACCCGCUGCUGUUUAAUAGCGCGUAUGCGGCGAAGCCGGCCUACUCGGCGUUGGUUGCGACGCUUGGUGCGCUGAGUGCGGCUGCUACACCAAGCCCGAUGCCGACAACGCCGCUGGCUAGUGUUAAGCCAACUGUGACAUCUGCUAGUACUACUUCUGCUUAUGUGUGAUUGGAAGCGGCGUUGAGGUUGCGUGUAAAUAUAAAAAGGAGUGAAGUGGAGGUAUUUGUGGGAAAUCUUGUAAAUAGAAGCGGC